GCUCGUUAUGGUAUCGUAUUGCUGUCGUGGCUGGAUAAUUUGAAAAAGAAAGUACGUCGCUAUCACAAUAGAGCGCCAGCGUACAUUCGAUAGGGACACCCCGCUUUCCAAGGUUGUCUUGAUAUAAGUGCAGCCAGACCCGAACAGAAGCUCCCGCAACUUUCGUCUUACCGACAUAAGUUUUAUCGGCUUCCAUAUAAGCGCUCUCCUGAGUAGUCACAAAGCCCCAAAUAUUUCCUCCUUCCACUAUAAGCUACCGAUAUCGUGCGUUCUAUUAUCUUCUACUGGAUCGCCAUGUCUGCUACGAAACUCGAGCUCCGCACCGCGUUGGGCCCAGUAUACCGCGAUGUCCUGCCCCAUCCGCCUCGUGACUGCACGGCCGAAGAGAUCCCCAUCAUCGACCUCGCGCCCAUGUUCUCGAACGACUUGGCCGACCGCAAGAUCGUCUCGGACCAGAUCAGAGCCGCGGCAGUGAACAAUGGUUUCUUCUACGUUAAGAAUCACGGCAUCGCCCAUGCCACCAUCAGCACCUGCAAGCAGCAGGUCCUCGACUUUAUGCGGCAGCCCCAGCACCUCAAGGACCAGGUCGCCACGAGGGUCCACAGCAAGUACCACAACGGCUACCACGGCGCCAAGACGACGCAGAUAUCACCCAGCGAGACCGCCGACGUCCGAGAGUCCUUCUCGUUCCGGUACUCUCCUGAGCUCGACCCGGACCACCCCAUGCCGCUGUCCAGCGUGCCCGAGGAGGUGAAGCCGUGGAUCCGCGGCGAGGAGUUUGUCUGGGAUGGCACGGCGCACCUGCCGGGCUUCAAGAGGGACUGUCUCGCUUACUGGGCGGCGUGUCUGCAGCUGUCGAGAAGGCUGGUGCGCAUGUUUGCCCUCUCGCUCGACCUGCCCGAGGACUACUGGGACGACAAGGUCACUUUCCCUGGAGCCGACGGGGUGUUUAACUACUAUCCGCCGCGCACGGAACACGAAAUCGAAGGAGGGUUUGUUGGGCUGGGGAGUCACACGGACCUCCAGCUUUUUACGCUUCUCUGGCAAGACACCGUUGGUGGAUUGCAGGUUCUCAGCAAGGAAGGGCAGUGGAUCAAGGCGCCUCCCAUCGAAGACACAAUCGUUGUCAAUAUCGGCGACUUCCUCAUGAGGCUGUGCAACGACAUGUACAAGUCCACGGUGCACCGAGUCACCAAUGAGUCUGCAGUAGAGCGGGUGUCAAUGCCGUUCUUUUUUGGUGUGUUCCGUGCUUCUUUUCCCCCCUCCAUUCUUGGUCUUGGUUGAGACACGAAACCUGUCAUUGCCCCGCAGUAAACCAUA